UUGGUUACAUAUAUUAUAUGUAGUAGUACGUUUGUGCAAAGUUCGCAACAUUAAAAGUGAUCGUCCGUCCGAUAUUAUUCUGGACGGGCACAAUAUCUGUUAAAGGAAAAUCAUAUAGUGGAAAUAAUUGUGAGGAAAAGCUAGAGAGCAUCUUCCCUUUUGCAUGGUUAGCCAGCCAAAUGCAUGGACACUUUCAAAGUUCACUUUCGCAAGUGACUUCCCUACACAUGUUGCACACUUAUUUGAAAGGAAUUUCAACCUGUACUUGUAGUAGUACUUUCCUUCGACACAAAUAUUUUCCACUUAUAAUUUAUUUAUUAAGUUAAACAUGUCAUUGGAGAUUAGGAAAUACAAAGCUGUCUUAGAUAGUGUUCUUCAUGUCCAGCAGACUUCAAGGUGAAUAUAUCUAACUUUCUACAUUUGAAAAAAUGAAACUAUAUCAUAUGCACUUGAAAAUUUGGGCAGCCAAGUUCCAGUUCAAUAACAGUUUCAAAAUGGCAAGUCCAAUGAAGAGAUUUUCGCCCGAAGCUGCAAGGACCUAAUUAUGGGGCAACUUGUCUUUACAUUGUGGUCAGGUCACCGUUGCCACGAAUCAGAAUGCGAGUGAUACCAACUUCUCAAGGUAAAUUUAAUCCUAAAGCUGUUAAUAUUGUUGCUAGUGACGAAACUGCUCUUGUUAGUGAGAGAUCUGGUGUUGUGAAUGAGAAAUCUGGUAAUAUUGUUGCUAGUGACGAAACUGCUCUUGUUAGUGAGGGAUCUGGUGUUAUGAGUGAGAAAUUUGGUGUUGUGCGUGAGAAAUUUGGUGUUGUGAGUAAGAAAUCUGGUAAUAUUGUUGCUAGUGACGAAACUGCACUUGUUAGUGAGAGAUCUGGUGUUGUGAGUGAUAAAUCUGGUAAUAUUGUUGCUAGUGACAAAACUGCUCUUGUUAGUGAGAAAUCUGGUGUUGUGGGGAAGAAAUCUGGUGUUGUGGAGGAGAAAUCUGGUGGUGUGGGGGAGAAAUAUGGUAAUAUGGGGGAGAAAUCUGGUGUUGCGGGAAGAAAUCUGGUACUGCUGAUUUUUCUGACACUGAUUUUGAUUAUGGUGAUCACUUCGAUCAUGACUUUGGCCAUGAACUCGACCAUGACCACGAGGCAGGGGUGGCUCAAGGGUGAGGGUAUCAUGUUGGGUCUGCUUCUAUCUCUCGUGGUUGAUAGUCGUCAUCAGCAUAGUAUCGAGUUUCCAGGGUUAGCACGAGACGUUUGUUGCCUUGAAGACUUCCUAUUUUAUGUCUUACUAUUCCUAUUCUGAGACAUAGAUAGAUUUAUGUAUUAUUAUCCCAGACUUGUAUAUUUUCAUUAGAUGCUUUUGUAUAACUUAGACUAGACCCUAGGGAUAUUUUUCUUAUUCCGCACUAUUUUAUUAUAUAUUAUUGUGAGAC